AUGCAUAAAACCGCUGGCUCUGUGCGCAGCUGCAGUCGGUGGCGACGGCGCCGGCGCCGCAGUACGUGCAGCGGCCGUUGGCGCAGGCGAGCGAGCUGGCGCCGCAGUCGCCCCGGCGCCGCCCGCCGCCCCCGCGCCACCAACCGCCAACCGCCGUCGCCGCACCCAGCCCGCCGCCCUCGCGCGCCGCCGCCCGCGGCCCCCGCGCCCGCCUCCACCCGCGCCGCCCGAGCCGCGCGCAGCCGCGCCACGCUGCGCCAGGGUGCUGCAGGAGGACUGCCCCGACGCCGAGCGCCUCGGCUUCUGCGCCUCCCCACCCAGGAUACCCCUCAGCCCCAAGGUACAGAGAGUAGCGCUUUCCCCGCACCCGAGUUGCAGCAGGUGGAAUAUGUGCGUUGCAGGCACCAGGUGUCGCUGGCCAUCCACCGCUGCCGCGACCUGCUGAGCCACCUGUACGUGCCGGUGCCCGAGAGCGCCUCGCAGACGUCGCGCCCGCUCACGGGCAUGGAGCGCGCCAACCGAGAGGUGUGGUCAUGGGCGCGCAACGCCUCGACGCCGGGCGCCGGCGGCGCAGGCGGGAGCGGCGUGUGCGCGUCGGAGGCGGCGCGGGUGCUGCCGGGGUACGCGCGCGACGCCGCGGGCCGCUGGCUGGUGGUGGUGCAGGCGGCGGGGCUGGUGGUGCAGCCGGCGCACGUGGACGUGUGCCGCGCGCCGGGCCUGCCGUGCCCGGCGCUGGCCAAGUGCGCGCAGGGCGGCGCGCUGGGCGCGGGGGCGGCGGCGGCCGCCGGCGGCCGGCGCGGCCUCAAGGCGGCCAAGGCCAGCGGCUGCGAGCAGCGCUUCACGCCGCACCACGUCGUCACGUGGGACCCCGACGCGCCCGAGCGCUGCCCCAAGCUGUCCGUCGUGCUGCUGCCCACCGCCUGCACGUGCCGCCUGCCCAGCGACAGCUAG